AUGAUGUCUUAUCUUAAGCAACCGCCUUACCCAGUCAAUGGACUGAGCCUGACCACGUCGGGCAUGGACUUGCUGCAUCCCUCGGUGGGCUACCCGGCCACCCCCCGGAAACAGCGCCGGGAGAGGACGACGUUCACCCGGGCGCAGCUAGACGUGCUGGAAGCGCUGUUUGCUAAGACCCGGUACCCAGACAUCUUCAUGCGGGAGGAGGUGGCACUGAAAAUCAACUUGCCUGAGUCCAGGGUGCAGGUAUGGUUCAAGAACCGAAGAGCUAAGUGCCGCCAACAGCAGCAGCAGCAACAGAACGGAGGUCAGAACAAAGUGAGGCCUGCCAAAAAGAAGACCUCUCCUGCUCGGGAAGUGAGUUCAGAGAGUGGAACGAGUGGCCAGUUCACUCCCCCCUCUAGCACCUCAGUCCCGGCCAUUUCCAGCAGCAGUGCUCCUGUGUCUAUCUGGAGCCCAGCCUCCAUCUCCCCACUGUCAGAUCCCUUGUCCACCUCCUCCUCCUGCAUGCAGAGGUCCUAUCCCAUGACCUAUACUCAGGCUUCAGGUUAUAGUCAAGGAUAUGCUGGCUCAACUUCCUACUUCGGGGGCAUGGACUGUGGAUCUUACUUGAGCCCUAUGCAUCACCAGCUUCCUGGACCAGGGGCCACCCUCAGCCCUAUGGGUACCAAUGCAGUUACCAGCCAUCUCAAUCAGUCCCCAGCUUCCCUCUCCACCCAGGGAUAUGGAGCUUCAAGCUUGGGUUUUAACUCCACCACUGAUUGCUUGGAUUAUAAGGACCAAACUGCCUCCUGGAAGCUUAACUUCAAUGCUGACUGCUUGGAUUAUAAAGAUCAGACAUCCUCGUGGAAAUUCCAGGUUUUGUGA